CGCUGGAGCAGAAGGAAGCUAACUGCCAGCAAGAAAAGCAGCAAGCCUUGGAGAUCGUCGAGAAGGAAGAGCAGAAGUCCCUGGAGAAAGUGCAGGCCAAGGCCUUUGCAGCGAUCAAGGCCCAAAUGACGACAGAGCCCCGAGUGGAGAACGUGGUGACGGCACCGCUGACCAGUUCGGUGACCAUGCCCGGGCCUGCCCUCAAAUCAAGAGGCACCACCGGCUCCGGACCUUCUGAGGUGGAGAAGCCCGGCCUCCUGCCCCCGCGCCCUGAGACAUCUGGCGCUGCAAAUGAUGGGGCGGGCGAUCGGCCCGUCAAUGAGGCCCGCAAGCGCCAGCACCUGGACACUCAGCGGCUCUGCUUGGAUGCUGGAGUGCAGUUCGUGCCGCUUGUGGCUGAAGCUUGUGGACCUGCCGCAACGCGGGUCUGGUCGAUGCUCGGGGCUGCUGUGGGCUCGCUGUCCGGUGACCCGGGCAGUGUUGGGACUGAGUGCUUGCAGCAGAGCCUUUCCGUUUGCCAGCAGCGCGAGAACGCCCGGGCGCUCCUGCGCCGUCAGCCUGCUGAGGAG